UUGGGCGUUCAUACCUCUUCCGGAAGCAGUGUACACUUUCGAGUUGGAUUUUGUUGAUAGCUUCGCGUGGGGUCUGAUGCGCUGUAAAGAGGAACGAUCUAACUACAGAUUCGGGAACUUCUUCUUUCUCUUCGAUACCUGUAAAUACCAGAUUAUCGCUCAUUGAUCUAGCGUGUAUGUCAAGACAAACAUGUCAUCAAAAACUUCCAACCGAAGACAUCAUCUAACUCUGAUAGCUGCUCUUGGGGUUUUGUGUUCAGUGGUACUAUUUUUUGUUUACUUUAAACCCUCAUCUACUGCAUGUUCAUCUCGGUUGGAAGAUUUGCCAUUUUUGGCAAAGGGAGAUGUUUCCUCACCUACCAAAAAGCCUGUGGAAAAGCCACUUGUGUUGCUCUGGUUCUGGCCACUGGGUGUGAGAUGGAAUUUUUCGUUCUGCCAAACCCAUUUCAACAUCGAUAGCUGUGUUCUGACAGAUGACAGAUCCCUUUAUGACAAAGCAGACGGAGUGGUUAUUUUUCACCAAGACAUCAGCUGGGACCUGAAGAACCUGCCUCAGUCUCCUCGUCCACAUUUUCAGAAAUGGAUCUGGUUUCAAUUGGAAUCACCAACAAAUACUGCCAGAAAACCAGGUGUGGAAAACCUCUUUAACCUCACUUUGGGCUAUAGACGAGAUGCUGACAUCACAGUGCGAAAUGAAUUGACAACCGUGAAGAAUGAAAAGGACAGUGAGUUUGUGCUGCCCAAGAAGGAUAAAUUGGUUUGUUGGAUUGUGAGCAACAACAAUCCUGCAACUGGGACAGGAACCAGAGCAAAGUACUAUCAAGAGCUGGUCAAACACAUCAAGAUACAUCUUUUUGGUGCUGCUUUUACAGGGAGUCGUUUGAAGUAUGAGGACUAUUACUCAACCCUUGCUAGCUGUAAAUUCUACCUUUCAUUUGAGAAUUCAAUCCACAGAGACUACAUCACAGAAAAGGUUAACGGACCACUUGUAGCAGGAACCGUACCAGUAGUCUUGGGCCCACCCAGAGAGAACUAUGAACAGUUUUUCCCAGCUGAUUCUUUCAUUCAUGUAAAUGACUUUACUAAUGCAAAGGCACUGGCUGACUUCCUUCUUCAAUUGGACAAGAAUGAUGAGAUGUAUGUAAGUUACUUCACUUGGAGGAGGUACCUUAAGGCCAAGCCCCACCUCCAGAGAAUAGAGCAAGAGUUUUCUCAACCUGUUUGUUUAGCCUGUGAAUACAUGGCAAGAGACAAAGGAUAUUAUAAUGUUUUCCACGACGUUUAUGAAUGGUACUUUGUUUGAGUGUUUAGCCAACAUUUUGUAAGCACAGAAAAUAUCUAUUUGGCUUAGCUACGUAAUUUUGCUUUCUUUUUUUGUAUCAAUUCAAAGUGUGGUCAUUCAAGGUUUUGGGGUCGAUUUUAUUUUUUUGUUUUGUAUAAUAGCCUCAGUUAUGAGGCUUACAUCUAAUUGAUGGUUGAAUGAGUGAGGAUGAUACUGUUUGUGAAAUUGUGUAAUGUGAUUUUGGACUGUUUAAUGAAAACUCCAAUUCCCAUUGGAGUUUAACUAAGUCAGAGGACCGCCCAUGAGCAAAGGUCGGGCAUCCUGGGACAGGCCCUUUUCUUCUCUUCCGAAUAAAACCCCCACCCGGGUUUUCUAUCACCAGACCAUGUUUCUCUCAAUUACGAGGGGACAAAGGUUGCAGACCAGCUUACCUUGAUAACGAGAGGGCCAAGGUUUGAGACCAGACUGCUGAAUCUUUUCACCAUCCCACGUGGUUAAACUCUUAGACUAUCGAUACCGACAGAAUAAGAACAAGUCUUUGAUAUUAAUUACUAACCUGCAGCUAUGAAUUCGGUAUCAUUGAAUGCGAAGACCGACAACCACCAAAACAUCUAUUCUAUAACGACAUGAAUGAAUGUCACUGAACCUACCAUUCUAACCACGACAGAGAGGGCGGAUAGACUCUCCAACAGAAACAAACUUUUCAACAGAGAUCCCGACAACACACUGAGCGUAAAUAUAUAUAUUGAUUGCAAUUAUUCCAGAAUGAGUGAGCGUUCAUGUACAAAGGAUUAGCAUUUCAAUUAUUAUAAUUAUCAACUUUGUAGUGUCUCAUCUCAGUUGACCCCCACUUCCCUUUUUGUCCACCAAGCUGCGAUACCGGUUUAUCCCACUAGGGAAACUCCGUUAUCAUUUCCUUGUAAUUAUCUACUGUUUGUUUAUGCAUUUCUGUUAAUUACUUAGUUAGUAAAUAAAUGAUUUAAGACAA